ACCUAAAAGAAAAAAAAAAAUUUAGGUUGAGAGACUUGAGACUAUCAAAGUAUCAAUAUUGUGCAGUGGCACUGAUUAAGUGAUCAGUAUGAUCAAAUCAAACACCAGGAACAAGACCUAAAAGCCUAAAAAAAAACAGGUCUCAUACUCUAAUUAGAAUCAUAGAUUCAUCGGAUUGGACAAUGAACAUCAAUCUGCUGUAAACAAACAAACACAUUAAAAAAAACAACCCAAAACUUCACUAUUUCUUCUUCUUUCAUCUUUGUCAACGUUUUUCUUCUCUCUGCUUUCUCUCUCUUCGUUGCAAAUUUACAAACUUUAAUCUUUGAAGCUGAAUUACCCAGAUUAAAAUUAUCCCAAUUUGGGUAAAUCCCAUUAUGAUUUAGCUCCCAAAAAAUAAAACCCAAUUGAAGAAAUUCCAAGAAUAAUAAUGGCCGAUACUUCAACAUCUUCCCCAAAACAUCUUCAAUCGUCGAAUGUAAUGGAACCACCUCCAUCAAUGGUGCAAAAUUCAACCAAUAAUUCAAUGGCUUCGCCUUCAAAUCUUUCACAUAAUUCUCCUUCUAUUGAUAUUCCACGUAUUUCAUCUCCUCUUUCUCAAAUCUCUCAACAACAACCUCAACAACUACAACAACAACAACAACAACCUCAACAACAACAACAGCAGCAACAACAAAUUAAUCCUAAUAUUGCUGCUGCUGUACAACAACAAUUGAUUCAGCAACAGUAUCAACAACAACAGCAACAGAAUUUGAUGGGUAUGAGUGGGGGAACAGGAAUGAGUACUGGAGUUUCUGGGAUUUCGAAUAGUUUUCAGACUCAACAAGGUAUGAAUCGAUCCGCUUCGUUGUCGAGGAUGAAUCAGAUUCAGCAGUCACAAGUUCAACAACAGUUGCAGCAACAACAACAGCAGCAAUUGCAACAGCAAGGGAACCCACAACAGCAACAACAGCAGCAACAACAUCAGCUUGGGAUGUUGAGGCAACAUGCUGCUAUGUAUGGACAGAUGAAUUUUGGUGGGUCUAUGUUAAACCAACAGUUUAGGCAGCAGCAACAGCAAUUACAGCAGCCGCAGCAACAACUGCAGCAGCAACAACAACAACAACAGCAGCAGCAGCAGCAGUCGCAACAGCAACCGCAACAAUCUCAGCAGCAGCAACAGCAGCAGCAGUUGCAGCAAACCCAACAGCAGCAACCGCAGCAGCAACAACAAUUGAGCAGUGGCAAUUUGUCGCGGUCAAUGAUGAUGGGUCAAAGCGGGUCUUUGCCUGUGUUGUCUGGACAAGCUAGUGCUACUCCUACCCAGUUCAAUAAUCUCCAGUCACAAUUGCUUGCUUCGCCUAGGCAAAGGGCGGGUAUCCUCCAAGGAUCACAAUUUCCAUCAGGAAAUGCAUCUGCGCAUAUGCAAGCAUUGCAGAUGAUGGGUUUUGGUUCACAGCUGAGAGCGAAUGGCUCAGUCUCGUAUGGGCAACAACGCAUCAAUUCAGCCCAGUUGAGACAGUUAUCACAACAAAAUCCACUUUUGUCACCCCAGAAGAAUCAGAGCCAGAACCUGUCACGCACGCCAUCAUUGGCAUAUACGAAUUCUCAGUUAUCUGGCUUAUCUCAAAAUGGACAGCCAGCUGUGAUGCAGAACUCUUUGCCUCAGCAACAAUGGUUCAAGCAAAUGCCUGCUAUGUCUGCCCCUGGCUCCCCUUCACUGCGUCUGCAGGCAAGCCAAAGACAGCAACAGUCAGUGGGUCAAUCUUCUCAGUUGCAGCAGAGCAUGUCCUUAAAUUCCCAGCAAUUAUCUCAGCUUGUUCAGCAGCAGUCAUCUAUGGGACAUCCUCAGGUGCAGCAAACAUCUCAGCAAAUGCGACAGCUGCAACAGUCACCAUCGGUGCAGCAACAACAACAUCAACAACCAUCACAACAACAGCAGCUACAGCAGCAACAACAACAACAACAGCAGCAGCCGCAACUCCUGCAACAACCAUCACCUAUUCAGCAGCAGCUAUCUCCAAGGAUACAGGGACCACCAGGCCAAAAGUCUUUAAGCUUAACUGGAUCACAGCCAGAUGCUACUGUAUCUGGGACAACUACUCCGGGGGGGAGUUCAAGUCAAGGAACAGAAGCAAUGAACCAACUCCUUGGGAAAAGAAAGAUACAAGACUUAGUUUCCCAGGUAGAUGCACAUGGAAAGCUGGAUCCGGAAGUUGAAGAUCUCCUUUUAGAAAUUGCUGAUGACUUCAUUGAUUCAGUGACUACAUUUGCAUGCAAUUUGGCAAAGCAUCGAAAAUCCUCAACAUUAGAAUCCAAGGAUGUGUUGCUACACCUAGAAAAAAAUUGGCAUCUGACAAUCCCGGGGUACUCGAGUGAAGAUAGGAAAAGCAACACCGACAACCCUUCGUGUGAUGCUCACAGAAAGCGCCUCGAUAUGAUUCGUGCCCUGAUGGAGUCCUCACAGUCGGGGUUCUAUCCAAACAAUUCUAAAGAAAUGGUGAGACAGGGGAUUGGUAACUUACCUAGUGCUAAUCACAUGAUGAAAGCGUCCCCUAGUACAGAGCAACUUGUUGCACAGUCAACUGCUUCUCAAAUGCUUCAGCAGAUGACAAGGUUCUGAUUGAUCACCCCCUUUUGUCUUUUCAGCUACAAGUGGGUGUACAUUUUUGGUUGGAGAAAGUGUGAGGGGUACAGAUCUGCACAGCUAGGCGAUUCUCAAUAAAUGGAAAACGCUAGGAAGUGCGUAAUAGGAUACUAACUGAUUAUUGAGCAGAGACAUGUAAGGAGUUUCUUUUUAAUUUAUCCUCUGUAUAUUAUUGUGGAAAAUGAUGUUGUGAGAAGGUUUGUUUGCAAACACCAUAGCUAUUUAGUUUGUGCUUUUUACACCAUGCUGUAAUUUUAUUUUCAUUCGCGAGUGGAGGUUGCAUUUUAUGAAUGAAUUGUGUAAUACAAACAUUUCACUAUUGUUUUUGUCCUCAACAAAGUUAUAAAUAGGUGAUUUUUGUUUA